AUGAGCAGUUCAAAUCUUACCUGGACUGUGAUAGCAGUUUGUCGUAGUAGAACAAUUUUUAACUCGUAAUGUUACGUUAUAUCGGUGGUGACUUUAAAAAUAUUAAUUUCGUAAGAUUUUAACUUAUUAAAACUACACAAUAUAGUGAGCGUGCUUGGAAAACAGUGGAAAACAUGGGAAAGUUAAAAAAAUUUAUACGGAGGCAUUGCAGUUGUUGUUGUAUAAGUCGGAAAUGGCUUCCACCUCCACUACGGAAAUUAUCGCAGGGUAAAGUAGAAAAGCAGCCUUCAUCGGAAAAACCGCCGCUUAAGAAAACUGGCUCCGAUAAGAGAAUAAAGGUUCCCUCAGAUAUGGGCAACAAAUCGUCGGUAUCAGAGGGCGAAGACGAUGAAGAUAGAGUCCCGACGUCAUUCCAAGGAAACGGAUCAUCCGCUCAGUCAGAACCCACCAACGGUGAAGAAGCUGAAGACGAAGUUGAACUUCCUCCGCCCAUGAAACCGAUCCAGGAAUCGAUACUUGUUUCAACCGUUCCUCAAGGAGUUCCUACGACAGAAGAAAGCCACGGAAAAAGGGUAUCUAGUUUAACACUGAAAUCAUUAGAGGGUGCCACUUCUGCAGAUCUUGCUGAAAUUGAACAGAUCGUGAAGGAAAGAAUGGAGCAACACACUGAGAACCUGGAACGUAACUCCUCGCUGAGAGAUACCAAAUCUUCCGAUGCUAUCGCGGAGUGCGGCGGAAACUGUAUAUCGCACCGCGAUCUCUCUGCGCAGUCUUCGUCGAGUGAUGCGACAGCGAUCGCUCUCAGCGGCGAUGAUGAGAGUGAUAAGCCGGCCGAAGACUGUGUCGACGAGGGUAAAGUGAAAGAGAAUCAUUUGCGUAAAAGACAGUUCGUAUUGAGUGAAUUAGUAGAAACCGAGGAGGCUUACGUGAGAGACUUAUCGUUAAUCGUGGACGGUUAUAUGACGUAUAUGCGUGAUCCAAAUUGUGAGAUACCGAUACCCGAAGACCUCAAAGGCGGAAAGGACAAAAUUGUAUUCGGCAAUAUCAAGGACAUCUACGAAUGGCAUAAAAACUUUUUCCUAAAAGAACUGAAACUCCGCAUAAACAAUAUAACGGAACUAGGAAAUCUGUUUAGAAGGCACGAACGCAACUUGCGCAUGUAUGUAGUUUACUGUAAGAACAAACCAGUUUCGGAAUACAUCGUUUCCGAAUACUUGGACACCUAUUUCGAGGAGCUUCGCAUUAAACUGGAGCACAAAUUACAAAUAUGCGAUCUUCUAAUCAAACCUGUUCAGAGGAUAAUGAAAUACCAACUGCUGCUGAAGGAUAUUCUCAAGCAUACGGAGAAAGCAGGACUAAUUAGUGAAGCUGAAUCGCUAAGGAAAGCGCUAGACAUUAUGAUCGAUGUCCCGAAGACUGCCAAUGAUAUGAUGGAUUUUGGAAGACUUCAAGGAUUCGAAGGUAAAAUUACAGCACAGGAUAACCUACUUUUACACGGUCCACUAAUUUGUUCCGACGUUCCCGGAGCAAACAGUUCAGUUGUUGUUGGAAAGAACAAGGAAUUACAAGUUUUUCUGUUUGAACAAACCAUCAUAUUUUCCGAAGCGGUGGGAAAGAAGACUCAGUUUACCAGUCCGCAGUAUUUCUACAAGACUCACAUGCAAGUCAAUAAAAUGACUAUGGAAGAAAAUAUUUCGGAAGAGACUUUCACCCUGAGAUCGACCGAUCCGAAUAAACCGAUUGUGGCAUUCACUUGUCAAGCGUACAGUCCUGAUAUGCAACAACAGUGGAUAGCGACAAUAAACAACAUCCUGCAGACACAAAAGGACUUCCUGAAAGCCAUACAAAGUCCCAUUGCAUAUCAGAAAGAACGGACUAGGGAAACUUCUGUCUGCGAUCUAUCGUCCUUAUGGAAUCCAACUUGUCGAAAAGCAUUAUCCACCCCUUCCACUCCGAAUCCCUUGCCGGAGAAUGAGAGUGAAUGUAGGAAAACAACCCCUCACGCCAUUCAGAAAGCCAAAACCAUCGGGAUACCCUCCGAAGCCGAUAUAAACUUAGUUGCCGAUAAAAAUCACACUCAUAACAAAACAAAAUUGACUUUUUUCGAAGGAUUUCGAAAUACAUUAAGGUCGAAGCACAAAAACGAUAACACGGUUUUGGCAUCACCUAAAGAAACUGAAAAAAAUGACCUUCAUCGGCGAUGGUCUGAAGCCAAUUCACCCACGUUAGAUAAUGCCCUCCUGCUACCCGGCAUGCAAGCGCGAGUAGUUGUUGAUUGGCCGGAUAUGGUUUUAGGCGAAAUCAUUCAGAUAAUUCAACAAGAUCCUGUCAAAGGCUAUCUCGUAAAACCGAAUGAUAGCCAGGAAGAAAAAUGGUUACCUUCUCACGUUCUUACAUACCACAAUCGAAAACAUUGGCCUUUUAAAUUCAAAAAAUCCCAAGGACGACGUUCCUUAGACAGCAACUUAUGCUCAGAAACUUCAACUAGUGAAACGUCUCAUCCAGAAUUCAAAGAAAAGCUGAGAAACAUAACUGCUCAAUGUGGAUCAAAGGUUACAUUUAAAUGUAUAAUAAAUAAAGUUUCUGGAACUAGCGUUAAGGCCAACUGGAGAAAAAUCGAACCCGAUCCAUGUGCCUUAAGAAGUAACGGAAGAUUUUCGAUCAACAAAAUUGUCGAUGGCCAAGCACGUUUGGUGAUCAACAACUUAAAACUAUCCGAUUCCGGAACGUACGUUUGUAGUGUAUCAAAUGAAAUUGGUACAAGUCAAUGUUCGGCAAUUUUGACCGUAACUGACUCCUUGCCACCCCUGCACGAACCAAAGAUUCAAGUGAGAUCCUGUUCCAGCGUUCUCAUCGAAUGGGAUAGUGACUCUUACUGUGAUUUCUUAGUCCAAUUUUGUAAGUUAGGUACCGGCGAAUGGCUGACAGCUGGUAAAAAGCAUGGUGCCAAAGAAUUUUCCUACGUCGUGGAAAAUUUAAAUCCGGGAGAAACGUACAGUUUCCGUGUGGUGGCGGCUGAAAAUAAUUUUGUCGGUCUCCCGAGCAUUGCCGUGACUCUUCCCGUGGCCGAUGGACUCCGAUGGCAACAGGAACAGUUUAACAGACGUUACAUGGAACUGGACGAGAUCAGCAGAGGAAGAUUUGCCGUAGUAAGGAAAGCCAAAGAUCGGGGAACAGGUCACGAAGUUGCCUUGAAACAAGUGUGGAAAAGGAAGCAGCAUCACAAAGUCACUCAGGCAGAAUACAGCCUCCUGGCUGGAAUGCAACAUACGAAUAUUAUCAGGGCUUUGGCUCUGUUUGAUAAUGCUCCAGUGCCAGGAAUCGAUACAAUUGUGUUAGAACUAGUUAAAGGUCCCCUUUUGUUUAAUUUUGUUUGUUCUAAUGAAUUUUAUGAAGAAGAAGACGUUAGAAUUUACACAAAACAGUUGAUGUCUGCUGUUUCGUGGCUGCACGAAAAGGAUCUCGCUCAUUUAGAUAUUAAGCCUGAAAACGUGAUGGUGGACACUUGUUGCAACCCCUCUCCGAUAUUAAAAUUAGUGGACUUCGGAAAUUGCGUAAAUACCUCAGCGAAUGUGAUUCUGCCCCCUGCGUGUUUAGAAUUUGCCCCUCCAGAACUAGUCUUGGGUCAGCCAGUUGGAAAGCAUACAGAUCUGUGGGCUGUCGGUGUUUUCCUGUACGUUUUUCUAAGUGGUGUGUCGCCCUUUUUGGACGACUCGAUGGAGGAAACGACAGCGAAUAUUUUGAAAUGCGAUUUUUGCUUCCCUGACGAAUUCUUUAGUGACAUUUCUGAAGAUGCCAAAAGCCUUAUUAGUUCCAUGCUAAGCCUGCUGCCUUGCCAAAGAAUGAAGAUGAACCAAUGUUUGGAAUCAUCUUGGUUUAAAAACAAAUCCCAAAGUACUAAUAAAUUAAUUUCGACGUCAAGACUGCAAACUUUCGUGAGACGUAGGCACCAUCCGGCCAAUAUGUCUUCACCAACGAAAAACGUUAUUUAUUCCAUUGAUUAUUAAAUAGUAGUAUUAUGUUGA